CGGCAUGUGGGAUCUUCCCGGACUGGGGCACGAACCCGUGUCCCCUGCAUCGGCAGGCGGACUCUCAACCACUGCGCCACCAGGGAAGCCCCCAAUUCCACAUUUUAGAUUCUUCUGUUUGAGGACUCCGCUUUAUGAAUUUAUUAAGCUUUGAGUUGCAGAUCACCUGACUAACAGUGGCUUUAAUUGUCUUACAUAACAAGACAUCUGAGACAGGCAGUUCAGGGUUAAUUCAAGGUUGGUUCAGGGGCCCAGAGAUGUCAUAUGACACCUAUUUUUUUGCUCUGUAAUCUACAGCAUGUAUGCCUUUUCCCUCAUGCAUGUUGCUUCAUGACCACAAGAUGGCUGCUCUACCUCCAGGUCUCACUGUCCAUGUUCCAGGCUAAGAGACAGAGGAAGUAUAGGGUGCAGAAAGCUUUUUCUCAAGAGACUUUGCCUUUUUAUUAUACAAGAAAUACUCUCUCCAAAGAUUUCUACUUACGUCUCUUUGGCCUUAACUAUGUAAUAUGGCUGUGACCAAGUAUUUUUAGCUGGGCAUGUUGACACUUUGAAAGAAAAGAAAAAAGGUUUUAAUAAUAAGGAAAGGGGGAAUGGAUAGCAGACAGGCAAUAGACAAUAUUUUUCUGAAUUGUUUUCUUACUUCCCUGGGAAGCUCUGAUGCUUGGGAACUGCUUACAGAGUAGCUCAGAAAAGAGCUCCCCAAAGACAGAAAGGAGUGAGAAGGUUCUGGGACACACUGCUUAUUCUCACUGUUCCAACUGCAUGUCUGGGGCUGAUGAGGCAAGGCUGGGCAGGCCCUAGCAAUGAAAAGAGAGAGGCCCACUUUCCUAAUAUCCUAUAGGAAAAGGAGCCGGUGAAUAUAGGUCAGGGACUCAUCAUAAUGGUAAUUAACAUUUCCACAGCAGUUCCCAAAGCUUCUUUCACGCUCACUGUCACUUCAGCCUCAUGGUAACCCCCAACAGGGCUAUCAUUAGGCCCUUUUUACGGAUAAGGAAACCCAGAUGAAGCAGCAUCUGCCAUUCAGGGAGCAUUCCCUCCGGCCAGGCUCUCUGCUAGGCCUGUUCUAGCAUCAUCUCAUUGAAUCCUCACAGCACUUGGAUGAGGGAUGUGUUAUUAGUUUCUGCAUUUCACAGAGGAGGAAAUAGGGGCUGGGAGAGGUUAAAUGAGUAGUGUUGGGACUCGACCCAGGUUGUAAGAAAGGGCCUCACCCCUCUGGGACACGGGGGUGGCAGCUUGGGCCUUCCUCCCCUUCCUCCAAAGCCUUGGAGAUGAAGGGGACCUGGCUGGGCAGAGUCCAGACGCUCUUGGUGUCUCAAUCCUGAAUCCACGGGGAAGUGGGUCCACUUGCUAGUGAUUGCGCGACUGUAGUCUGUUUGCUCACAGGGGAUCCCGGCUUCCGCAGGGGCUCAGUUCCAGGUUCUGGGGCUGUUCUGGCUGGUGGAUACUGGCAUGGGCUGGCUGCCUCUGGAGCUUUCCCCGGCUGGCUAAGCACCCGAUGGGACUAAUUUCGUUCUGUAUAUUUGACAGACUAACACACAUGUGACGUUCUUAGCUGGUCUCAGUAAUCUUCCCUCAUCCUGCCCCUUCCUGCAAAUCUUCCUGCUGAGACAGAGACGAGGAGGGUCCAGAAAAUGGUGCUGUUCAAAGGCCCGCUGGCCGGAUUCUCUCUCACUUCCUCCUGGAACUGCGGCAGGGAGGAGAGCCUCAGGGAUCCAUAUGUCACCUCCCAUAGUGUCCUACUGUCACUUUGCUCUUUGUUCUUUUGGGUCUAUUCCUGCAAUCUGUUGACCCUCCAAGAAAAGAGAGACGGAAGGCAAGGGUGGAUUCUGAGGCAGGGGAGUGACUGAAAUAGGGCUCCCCAUGCUCCCAUCUUUACUCCCCUCUAACUCAGUGCUCCCAUCCGGGAAAUGGGCAGUCAGGCAUUGAUUUGGUCCUCAAAAGACCAAGGAGAGCCUGUAGGUCUAAGCCCCACAGGCUCUCCUUGAUCCCAGUUCAGAUCCUCUCCCCACCCCCAUCCCCUAAUUCUGUAGCAAAGACCUCCCUGGCUCCAGCCUCAGUAAUCAAAUACCCCCUCCCACCCUCUCCCUACCUUGGGCUCAGAUGAUGAGAAAGGAGAUGAAUCAGUGUGACGAGGUUCAUUGACCCCCAUGGGGCUAUGAGAUUGGGGUGGUGUCACCCUGUCCCUCGAGUCCAGGUCCUUUUGGCACAAGCACAUGAACGUCCAGACGCUCUAAGACACUUCAUCUUAUUUCUCCCUGAGGUGCAGAACCAGACACUGACUUUCAUGGCUCAAGGUGGUUUCCCAGAGGCUUUUGUAAGGUGAUGGCGGUGAUAGUGGGGGACAGAGGCAGGGAGAGAGGACGGGAGAGAGAGGGACAGUCCUGCCGGGUCAGAGAGCAUCUGCUCCCACCCUCCCUCCCUCAUGCUGCUCCUGUUGGGGAGAGACCCUUACCUUCCACUUGGGGCACGCUUCUCUGUAGUCAGCUCUCCAUCUGCAGUGGAGCAGCACGAGUGAGAGACCAAGGAUGUUGAGCUCCACUCCCAGGUAGAGAAUCAAGUGGACAGUGUGGACAGCAGAGGGUGGGAAAGGAAGAGGAUGCUCCCUGUCUGGGCCUCGGAGGGGAGGCAUUUGGGGGAUUCAGGGUAGAUGCUGGCGAAGAGCUCCCAGCAGGGCAGGAAGAUUCCAAUCCCUGUAAGAACAACUUGGGAAAGCAAGAUAAGAAAGGCUGCAGCUCUGCCUCUAGCCUGUGGGGAUGCAGAAGGCUGGACAAAAUGACCUGGGGGUUAGGCGGGGGAGGAGGCUUGGUUCUCUCCCUGCUGCCCCCAUCGAGGGGACUUAGCCUGUGGCUGUUGAGUUAGACUGCGAGACCUCUGCCCUGACACUGUCCACCAGCAAGUGAUACAAAGCACUUUCACAUCAGAGUCUCAGGGUAGGAAUCUUCCAAAUCCAUUUUGGAGGCAAAAAAUUAAGGCCCAAACAAGGUAAAGGACAUGCUCGGGGUGGAGGCAAGAGGGUGGUGGAUCUUGGAGUGAGGGUCCAGUAAGGGUUCUUCCCACGACGGUCCUCCAGCCCCAAAGCGCCUGCACUCAGACCUCUCCGUCCACCCAUCCGCCCCUCAGCUGUUGCCUCCCUGGGGGAGCUCCUGCCUUCCCUGCUCCCCACCUCAGUCGGAGCCUCUCCCAGUGGCAAACAAAAGUGAGGCAUCCCAGAGGGGCGUGGCCAGGCUUCGAAACAGGAAAGGCCGGGGGAUAAGGACUCAGGCUGGGAACAGGCUGCCCAGCCCUUCCCUGACCAUGCAUAUAAAGUACCCCAGGCCCCACCACCAUUUUUCCCCCUUAGCCCUGCUUAUUGUUCUUCCUAGCAUUUAGGUCGCUGACCUAUCAUACAUUUAUUUACUUGUUACUGUCUGUUGUGUGCAUUAGAUGGUCCUCUCUACAGAGCUCGGCUUUUGUCUGUUUUGUUUAUGGCUGUACCUCCAAUGCUUAGGACAGGCACCUCUAAAUCUUCACAUGAAAAAUGAAUGGCUCUCACCCUGCCACAAAUUAGUUGUGUGACUUGGGCAAGUUACCUACCUCUCAGUUAACAUUUAUGCCCUUACCAUGUGCCAGCACUAUUUAUCUAUGAGCUUUGUACAUAGAAAGCCCUUUAAGCCUCACGGCAAUCCUAGGAACUGAUGACCAUUAUUCUCCUUGGUCAUUGGCAGGUGAGGAAAAUGAGGCCCAGAGAGGUGAAGUGACCUGCUUAAGGGAGGUGGCUGUUGGCAGAGAUGGGAUGUCACAGGCUGGAAGGAGAUGGUAACGAUGGCGCCUCUGGAGCAGGCCGUGGCUGCUAUUGUGUGCACCUUCCAGGAAUAUUCAGGGCCCUGUUGGAGACAAGUAAAACUCUGCCAGGCAGAGCUCAAGGAACUGCUAGAGAAGGAGCUGCCCACCUGGACCCCGACAGAGCUUCGGGAGUGUGACCACAAUAAGUUCAUGAGUGUCCUGGACACCAGCAAGGAUCGCGAGGUGGACUUUGUGGAGUACACGUGCUUGCUUGCCUGCCCCUGCGCCUGCUGCCGUGAGUACUUCAAGAACUGCGCCCUGGGCCCCCGCUGCUCCCAGUAAUGGGCGGGGCUGCCAUCGGAGGGUAGGGGUCUGGGUCUGCUCCGGACCUGCUCCAUCUCUGCCCUGAGGUCAUCCCGGGCAUGUCAGCUCUCCCCCCUCCUUUGUCCCCUCCCUCUAGAAUCUCCCAGGUUUGCCCCGGGUAUGUUAACCCCUUUUACC